GAACGCUCUAAGAUGGAAGACGGCCAGGGGCGAGUGCGGGAGUGUGAGCGCGAGAACCUGUGGAUGACACACGCAACACGUUGAAAGCCAUGUCGGAGUUUGCAUUUCACGCUUAAUCCACUCGAGAAGACACAAGCCUUCUGCCCCGACUCUCAGGUCACCCAGCUCUUUCGCACGAUCCUGAGUUCUCGGCACUACUAAUCGAUCAUCGGUCACCCCCAGCGUCACGUGUGGUACAGUCCAGUGGCGCCAGCUUCGGGCAUAGGUUAUAAAAGCUCGGCUGCGGCAGCGGACUGCGGAGUCAAGAUGCGUCCGAAGGAGCAGGUGCAGAGCAGUGCGGGGGACGGGACAGGGUCGGGGGACCCAGCAGCAGGCACCCCCACGACCCAGCCUACAGCCGGUCCCGCUCCGGAGCCCUCGGCGGAGCCCAAACCUGCUCCCGCGCAGGGAACUGGGUCUGGGCAGAAAUCAGGAUCCCGAACCAAGACAGGAAGCUUUUGUCGGUCUAUGAUCAUUGGCAAUUCGGACGCGCCAUGGACCCGCUACGUAUUUCAAGGGCCUUAUGGUCCCCGGGCCAAUGGCUUGGGUACUGGAAAGGCCGAGGGAAUCUGGAAGACACCAGCCGCGUACAUCGGCCGGAGGCCCGGUGUGUCCGGCCCUGAGCGCGCGGCGUUUAUUCGAGAGCUGCAGGAAGCGCUGUGUCCUAACCCACCCCCCACGAAGAAGAUCACCGAAGAUGACGUCAAAGUGAUGCUGUAUUUGCUGGAAGAGAAAGAACGGGACCUGAACACAGCCGCCCGAAUCGGCCAGUCCCUGGUGAAACAGAAUAGUGUUUUGAUGGAGGAGAACAGCAAGCUGGAAACCAUGCUGGGCUCAGCCAGGGAGGAGAUUUUACAUCUCCGGAAGCAGGUGAACCUGCGAGAUGACCUCCUGCAGCUCUACUCAGACUCUGAUGAGGAGGAGGAGGAGGACGAGGAGGAGGGGGAAGAGGAAGAGGGGGAAGAGGAGGAGCGAGAACAGCUGGAUCAAGAUCAGCAGCACGACCAUCCCUAUGGCGCCCCCAAACCGCCCCCUAAGGCAGAGUCGCAGCACCACUGUCCACAGCUGGAAGCCCUGCAGCAGAAGCUGAGGCGGCUGGAGGAAGAGAACGACCAGCUGAGAGAGGAGGCCUCCCACCUGGACAACCUGGAAGACGAGGAGCAGAUGCUCAUUCUGGAAUGCGUGGAGCAGUUCUCUGAAGCCAGCCAGCAGAUGGCAGAGCUCUCGGAGGUACUAGUGCUGAGGCUGGAAGGCUAUGAGCGGCAGCAGAAAGAGAUCACCCAGCUGCAGGCUGAGAUCACCAAACUCCAACAGCGCUGUCAGUCGUAUGGGGCCCAGACGGAGAAACUGCAGCAGCAGCUGGCCUCAGAGAAGGGAGUCCACUUAGAGAGUCUGCGAGCGGGCUCUCACGUGCAGGAUUAUGGGAGCAGGCUGCGUGAGCGCCAGGAGGAUGGGAAGAGCCAGCGCCAGCGCGCCUCGAUGCCUGCGGGUUCCGUCACCCACUAUGGAUACAGCGUGCCUCUGGACGCACUUCCUAGUUUCCCGGAGACACUGGCUGAGGAGCUUCGAACAUCUCUGAGGAAGAUCAUCACUGACCCUGCGUAUUUCAUGGAGAGAUGUGACAUUCGCUGCAGGGAGGAGCGAGAGCAGGAGCAGGGGGUGAUGCCACCACCCCCACCGCCACAAGAUGUCAAGCCACCUGAAGAUUUUGAGGCUCCGGAGGAGCUGGUUCCUGAGGAGGAGCUGGGGGCCAUAGAAGAAGUGGGCACAGCUGAGGAAGGGCUCGCAGAAGAGGCGGAGCAGGCGUCUGAGGAGACUGAGGCUUGGGAGGAGGUGGAACCGGAGCUGGAUGAGGCCACAAGGAUGAAUGUGGUGGCCUCUGCCCUGGAGGCCAGUGGACUGGGCCCUUCACGCCUGGACAUGAAGUAUGUCCUCCAGCAACUGGCCAGCUGGCAGGAUGCCCAUUCUAAGAGGCAGCAGAAGCAGAAGGUGGGCCCGAAAGAAUACCCCCUAACCCUGCAGCAAACAAACACGGGGCGGGGGGAGGGGGACGGGAUUGUGGAGCAUCAGGGCUCUCAGAGGCUGGAGGAGGACAGGGUCACUCACUGCUCCAGUGGCAGGGAGGAAGAGAGGCCUUCUGGGGCCACCUAGGCCUGGAACUAAAGCCUCUGCCAGCAAGGGU